AUGGCCGGAAAAGAAGCAAAUGCUUGGAAAAUUUGGAAACAACUUUUCUGUGGAGAUCUUGCAGAUGCGAAAUUCGUACCAGGUCAAGUACUGGACCUUUUGUCUAGUAUCAAGGAAAAGCAGAUCCUGAAGGAGGUCCUUUCCUGGAUGUUAUCCAAAUAUCCUGAUGAAUGUCUGAAGGUGAUCUUGAAUAGCUCUUGUUUGAACCAAUCGGAGACCAAAAGUCUCUUGGAAGGUGAUGCGAAG